AUGGAGUCUGUCUUGGUCUUGUUGGCCUGCGUGGCUCUUGCUGUAGCAGAUACCUGCGAGUCGCCGGUACAGCGAAAAAAUUUCACCUCCCUCAGCAACGAAGAGAAGCUGGCUUGGUUGGACGCUGAAGUCUGCUUGACAACUCAUGACGCUGUUUUUGGACUUUACGACGGUGCAACCACACUGUGGGAUGAGCAGCAGUACUUGCACUUGACCAUGUCCAACUAUAUACAUGGUGUUGGCCAGUUUUUACCCUGGCACCGAUAUUACAUGACUUUGCACGAGAAACUAUUGCAGACCUAUUGUAACUACACCGGCGGAAUGCCUUACUGGGAUGAGCAGGUCGAUGCUGACAACAUUACCUUGUCUUCUGUUUGGGAUUCGGUGUAUGGUAUUGGAGGUGAUGGCAACUCGUCCGACAGCCAAAUCGUCACCGACGGACCAUUUGCGUAUAUGGAACUCCAUGUUGGCGCCUGGUCAUUCAACACCGUGAUACCAAAGACCGCAACCUACCAUUUAAACCGUUCCAUAAGUUCCAUGACCUUCCAAUCAGCUAGUCAGUCGGCCGUGGACGAGUGUUUUGCGCUCGGUUCGUACGAGGAGGCAUGGCAAUGCUACGGACAGGGCCCACACUCGGCCGGCCACGCUGGUACCGGCGGGACCAUGCAAGAUCCGGUGCUGUCUCCUGGUGAUCCUGUAUUCUUUCUGCAUCACACUAAUCUCGACCGACUUUGGUGGGAAUGGCAGUCCGUCAAUCUCACAGCUCGUCUCAUCGAUAUGGGAGGUCAAAAUGUUCCCACUGACGAGUUCAACUCUGCCAACAACUGGGAUGCUCCUGGUGCAAACUUCACCGAUUACAGCGGCGACCCCGGCAACGUUACCACGCUUACUCAUGUCUUGUCUAUGUACGAGAUGCUUCCAAAUGUUACUGUUGCUGAUGUUAUGGAUGUUGGUGGCGACGUUAUAUGCGUUGAGUACGUUUAG